CGUCAAGCCGACGUGCGGCCCGGUCUCCCGGGAGACCGGGGAAGCCGUUUCGCACCCGGCGGAGUCGAGGUCUAGAUUAUUUUACUUCAGAGCUCCCUCAGUAUAUUUUGGGAAAUUAUGGAUCGUCACAUUCCCAUGCAUGCAUUACCUGAAGAAAUCCAGAAGAUGUCCCCUGAAGAAAAAGUUUGUAAGUACUGUGGAGUCAGCUAUCUAAUUCUCCAUGAGUUUAAGGCUAUGGAAGAAAAAGUGAAGGCGAUGGAAAAAGAGAUGAAAUUUUAUCAAGGAAGUGUAGAACGUGAAAAUAAACUUCAAGAAAAGCUACGGUUUCUUAGCCAAGAUUUUGAACAGUACAAAAUUGACAAUGAAUCCAAAACAGAAAGAAUUCGAGAUGCAAGCAUGCAGCUAAAAAGUCACCAGAAUGAAUUUCAGAGAGUACAGAAGGAAUUGAGUGAUUUGCAGCAUGCGUUAAAAAUUAAACAGAGACAAUCACAAGUCUUCAGUCAAAGAUUGAUGGAGUACACAUUUUUCUGGAAUAAGACUCUUUCGUUACUUACUUUUACUAAAAGGGAGUUAACCAGUAUUAAAAAUGAAGUAUAUGAUAAUUUUCAAAACUGGACUUCACUGAAAAGAGAAGUUUUUCUACAAAUUAAAUCCAUAGGUGAAAAAUCCUUGACAGAAAUAGAAAUACUAAAUAAAAGUUUGACAGUGUGCCAGAGAAAUAAAGUAUGCCUUGAAGAAGAAAUGAAAAACCUGAAAUUGUUGUCAGAUGCGGCCAUGCUGCGGUCUCAGCAGAUUCAGACAUCCACACAGCAGGAAGUGAACUUGCAAAGCAGAUGCCAUGACCUGCAAAACCAAGUCCUAGAUUUACAACGUCAAGUAGAGGCACUUGGGCUAAAGCUUCAGAAGGCAGUGACCGAGAUGGACAACUGUAAAGAAAAGCUCAUGAAUAAAUCUAAUGAAGCUGAUGACUGUCAAAGAGAACUUAGAAAAUUGAAGUUUGAAUCCAUUAUUUCUGAGUCACGGCACACCAGAUUGCUUAAAGAAAAAGACGACUCUUUAAUGGCUUGUCAACAAAUAUAUAAAGCUUUACAAGAGGAACUGACUGCAAAAGAAAGGCAAGGAGAGGACAUGAGACGAAGAAUGACCCUUGCAGAAGGUGAGCUGGAGAUGACCAGAUCUCUUUUGAAUCAGACGAAGGAAGAGGCUGUAACACUGAGAAGUGAAAGGGAAUUGAUGCUGAUUUCACAUCAGAAAAGCAUCGAGCAGCUGCAGGAAACUCUUAGACAGAAGCUGCUGAAUGAUGAUAACUGGAGGGAGAAGAUUGAAGUUGAACUCGCCAAGGAAAGGGCCCGACAUUUAGUUGAGUUUGAGGAGCAAGCUCUUCUCUUUAAGGAAGAAGUUAAACUGGAACUUGAUAUUGAAAAGGAAAAACACCAAGAAAUAAUCCAAAAGUAUAAGAAAGAACAAGAGGAACUACACAUGCAGAUAUCUGACUUAAUCGCAGAUGCUACUAGAGAUCUAAGGCUGGAAGUGGCCAUUCUUGAAGAAAAACUCCAUGAAUCCCGUAUCCGAUAUACUGAAGAAUCUGAGUCAAAGGAGAAAGAAAUCGAAAACCUCAAAAAUUUGGUUGCAGAAUUUGAAUCUCGCUUGAAGAAGGAAAUUGACAGUAAUAAUUCAGUUUCGGAGGAUUUGAGGAAGGAAAUGAAACAGAAGUCAGAUGAAUUGGAAAGAGUAAUGCAGGCACAAACACAACUGAUACAGCAAUUUAACCAGUCCCAGGAAGAGAACACUUUUCUCCAGGAAACAGUGCGUAGAGAGUGUGAAGAGCGCUUUGAACUGACGGAGGCUUUGAGUCAAGCCAGAGAGCAGCUCCUGGAGCUCAGGAAGCUCAGUGGAAGUUUGCCCUUGUCACCGUGUUCCCUCAGCCGGGGCAGCCUCACCUCCUCUGCUGUGGUGGCCAGUCAUCAGAGAGAGAGCAGCCUUGCAAGACCGAACUCAGAGAAAAGAAUCAAAAUCCCCAGCCUGCACGGAGUGUCAAAACCUACCGCUUCCCCAACCUCAGCUCAGCCCAGGAGGGGCAGCAGCUCAGCUUUGCCCACUCUCCCCCAACCACAUCCUCGCAGGGGUCGAGAGUCUUCAGUAAAUGAGGCCAGACAAAGACUGGCUGCCAUUCUGCAGAGGAGGCUGAGUCAGCAGUGAUU